AUGAAUCCAUGUUCUGUAUCUGCGACAAAAGGAAUUCAUCAUUCUAAUUUAAAUAGUAGUGUCCAAAUGACCCUUUUGUCAAAAUUCUGUGACCUGAUGAAGUAUAUCGAUAAACUAGUGAAUGCCAGGAAUACAGUGUUUGCUCAUACUACCAAAGGAGAACUUUCUGACGAGGACUUUAGGCAAUUAUGGAAUGAAAUAGAAAAUUCGAUUGUUUUCCUUUCCAAGACAACCGGUACAGAUAUAAUUCAAACCCGGAGAAUAUUGGAGCUGAGGGAAGAACCACUGGAGGAGUUCUCUUGUUUGGAAGUUCAAUGUCUUAUACUACGACAAAUGCAUGAAGAUGAGCAAAUUAUCCGGGAAUGUCACCAAAUACAAGGCACAGUUAAGCUAAUGAAGGAAGACAUAGCCGUUAAGCUUCAGCAAAUUGAGUUGCAAAUAGUUGACUUCAAAUCAUUUUUAAGAUACAAUAUUCAAAGGGAACUUUCAGAACAGUUGGGGGAAUACUCAGACAUAUCAAGAAAUUUAAUAGAUAAUUCGGGAAGAGAAAUCAAAUUCCACAAUAAUGAUAAAACGUAUGUGAAAACAUCAGCUGUGAUUGCGGCCAUUGAAGUAUUAGACAGAGAAAACAUGUUGAUACUCAUUGGAAGAGCGGGAAGUGGUAAGUCGUCAGCAGCCUUAGAAAUAGCAUCUAUAUUUCAGAACAAGGGAUAUAUUGUUAUGAACUUAGAACAACAUCUAGCCAAAGAUUUUAAAACAUAUUUUCUGAGUACAAACAAACAGUUUAUAAUUUUGGAAGAUUUGUUUGGGAAAUCUCAUAUUAGUUAUAAUGAAGAUAUACAUUCACAUUUGCUAGAUGCUGUGAGGCCACAUGUUACCUCUGGUCAAUCUAAAUUUAUAAUUACGUUAAGAAGUAAUAAACUUGAGGAUUUUGAUAAAAUAGUAACAAAUCAUCAGCUGCUUUCGGAAGCAUCGAUUAUUAACAUCAAUGGAAACUUCAGCUUAUCUACAUUGGAAAAGAAAGCGAUGUUAAUUAAUCAUUCGAACCAUCACGGACAUUUUAGGUCACGAAAAGCCAAAAUGCUUGAGGAUGUUGAAAUCCAAAACAUUAUUAAAACGAAUCCGUAUCUAGGGUUUCCAGAGGCUUGUCGUUUGUUUUGCUCUUUUGAAACUUUUUUUGCUAUGGGUCAUAAAUUCUUCACAUCACCAACCAAAGAACUUCAAAGUGAAAUAAGACGUUUAAAAAGAUCAGGAUAUGACAAAACUGAUGCAGCAUUGCAGUACUGUGUCCUUGUCAGUUUGAUGCUGGAUAGAGCAUGUGAGGGAUCUUUCGGUAGGUCAAAAGGAAUUAUAACUCGUGAACACUACGAAUCUUUUACUGAUCACAAAAAUGUAAAUACGUCCGUUAUUGUGUAUUUGUAUCAAUCAUUAUUCAACAAGGAAAUAACAGUAACUACAUACGACGUACUUGAAAUGUGUGAAGAAGUUUCCGAUAAAUACAUAAAAAUUGAUAUAACGAGCAACAUUUACGUCUUCCAGCAUCAUACGGGUUUCCAUGCGGUAUUGUCUUCUUACUGGGACAUACCAACAAUGGAAGAUGUUAUACAAGUCUCUUCUGUCAACACACUCGCAGAAUAUGUAAGGCCAUACGACGUGCCUGAUGACGAUGAGAGGCAAUAUUUAAUUGUUCCGCAAUCAAAAUGUUCUUAUCUAGCUCAGAAAUUGUUUAACGCAUUUCUAACAAAUUAUUUUGGAGCUUUGAAAUUUAAAACGAUUGUAGAAAAUUCACAAUUCACCUUAAUUUUACUCAACCAAAUCAUAACUGAUUGGUAUGCUAUAAAAUUGAAUGUUCUCAAUUGUGAUUGGAGUAUAAUCAAUACAUUUAUUAGACCAUCACAAUUUAAAAGACAAAAGGAUCAAAUAGGUACUCACACAAAUGACAUUUGGUUAAUACAAAGACUUAUUAAUGAAAUAUUAAAACCAAAAGCAGAUAAUUUAUGGGCUAUAUAUCGUUACAUUGAGGAUUAUGGAUGUGACGAAUUUGUUAAGAAUUUCAAUGAAAAACUUUCUGAAACUUUCCAGUCAGAGGAAGUUGUAGUAAGCUGUUCAUGGCACUUGAUAAAUCUAUUUAUCUAUCCUUCUCGGUUUAAAAUGAAAAAUGCUGUAAUUGGUACACCCAUGAACGACAAGUCGUUAAUAGAGAGACUUAUAAAUGAAAUUGUAAAACCAAAGGCGGAUAACUUAUGGGCCGUACAACGCUAUGUUGUAAAUUAUGGAUGUGAACAAUUCGUCAAGGAUUUCAAUGAAAAACUUUCAGAAUCAUUUCAGUCAGAGAAAAAUGUGUUAAUGUGUUCAUGGCACUUGAUAAAUUUGUUCAUCUAUCCUACCGCAUUCAAAAUUAAAAACGGUGUAAUUGGUGUUAAAACAAAUGACACCUGGUUAAUACAGAGGUUAAUAAAUGAAAUAUUGAAACCAACAGGAGAUAACUUAUUGUCGGUACAUCACUACAUUGAGGAUUAUGGAUGUGACGAAUUAGUCAAGGAUUUCAAUGAAAAAUUUGAAGAAUCUUUCCAGUCAGACGAAACUAAAGACAGUUAUUCAUGGCACUUAAUAAAUGUGUUCAUCUAUCCUGCCGUCUUCAAAAUGACAAAAGCUGUCAUUGGUAUACGCACGAAUGACAGCUGGUUAAUACAAAGAUUAAUAAAUGAAAUUGUUAAAUCCAAGGGGGAUAACUUAUUGUCUGUACAACUCUACAUUGAGGAUUAUGGAUGCGAUGAAUUUGUCAAGGGUUUCAAUGACAAACUUGCAGAAUGGUUCCAUACAAGGGACGCUCUCUUGAGCUCUUCUUUGAAUCUGAUUAGUGUGUGCGUCCGUCCCAGCAGUUUCAAAAUUCAAAACGGUAAAAUAGGUAUAACCACAAACAACAGCUGGCUAAUACAGAGAUUUUUAACUGAAUCAGUGACAUCCCAUGUGGAUAAAUUGAUUGCUUUGCGAAGUUACAUUACCAAAUAUGGAUGUGAAGAAUUUGUUAUGGAUUUCAAUACAGAACUUGCAAAAUCAUUUCAGACAGAGGAAACUGUAGUAAAUGGCGUUUGGGAUUGGAUACAUCAUUUUGUCCGUCCAACUACAUCCAAAAUCCGGAAGAAUGAUUUAGGUACUCACACAAAAGACAGUUGGUUGAUUCAGAGACUUAUAAAUGAAAUCUCAAAACCCAAGCCUUCAAAUCUAUGGGCUGUUCAUCGUUACAUUGAAGAAUACGGAUGUACAGAGUUUAUCGAGGAUUUCAAUAGACAACUUUCAGAAGUAUUUCAGUCAGAGAAAACUGUAGAAAAUUGUUCAUGGCACUUGAUAAAUUUGUUUAUCUAUCCCAUUGCAUUCAAAAUAAGACAUGGUGCUAUCGGUAUUCACAUAAACGACAGCUGGUUAAUACAGAGAUUUAUAAAUGAAAUAACAAAACCCAAGGCAGAUAAGAUAUGGGCAGUACGAAACUACAUUGCGAAGAAAGGUUGUGAAAAAUUUGUGAAGGAUUUCAAUGACAAACUUUCAGAAUUAUUUCAGUCAGAGGGAACUGUAUUAAAUUGUUCGUGGUAUCUGAUAGAUUUGUUCAUUUAUCCAGCCGCCUUCAAAAUAAAAGACGCUGAUAUUGGUAUUCACACGAAUGACAGGUGGUUGAUACAAAGAUUAAUAAAAGAAAUUGUAAAACCAAAGGCGGAUAACUUAUUAUCUGUACAACGCUACAUAAAGGAUUAUGGAGGUGAGGAAUUUGUCAAGGGUUUCAAAGAAAAACUUGCAGAACGGUUUUAGACAAAGAACAAUAUAUAUUUAGGAAUCUAAAUGAUUUGUUUGUCCGUCAAAGCAUAUUGAGAAUUUAAAAAAAAACAAUAAAAUAGACAUAAACACAGAAGACGAUUGGGUAAUACAAAUGUUAAUAAAUAAUUCGAUGAAGCAUGGUGUGGAUAAACUGGGGAUUGACUAAGUUACAUGGAGAAGUAUGGAAAUUUAGAAUUUGUCAUGGAUUUCAAUAUAAAACUUAGAGUUUCAUUCAAGUC